GUUUAACGAAUGGUCAAUGUAUGAAUAGGACGUGUUACUGUAAAUUUCCAUUCAACAAUGACCUCUGCAGUAUGGGUUCUAAAUACGCCUAUAUCGAAGGAAUAUUGAGCAAUGGACUUGUCAUUGGAGUGCAUAACCUUUCGUCUGCUUUAGACUGCAUUAAACAAUGCGAAGACAUGUUGAGCUGUGAAACAGUUGGCUUAGGGGUUUACACUAAUAAUAAUAGUUCUUUCUAUUGUUCUCUUAUCUCUGAUACAACGUAUCCCAUACAAUCUUUUCAAAAUAAUUCCAUUUUGAAAGAACAUUACACAAUUAUUUUUAGAGAUUUUGAAUUAUCCGUGUGCGGUAAUGGAAAUUCUAUAGUUGAACAUACUCAAUACUGCAUUGAAUUUUUAUGGAACACUACAACGGGAUGUCCAAUUAGUGGUUAUGGAUUUAUUAAAAAUCUGGAAGGAUGGAUGAAAGAGAAUAGUACUUACAACUUAAAAAAUCACAUCAGAACGAUUACAUCACUUAGUUUGUCGUCGAAUAAGUUAAAUGUCAACAGUAAGAAAGAGUCGUAUAGAAGUUUAUGUUACGGUCACUUAUCUGUAGGAAGAUAUAACGUUGCGCUAAAUAAGCAAGUUAUCUAUUAUUUUGAUAUUAUCUCACCGCAAUUUGUCCAUCAUCAGCAACAUUUGGUUGAUGGAGUUAAAAAUUCAAACACAAGUUUUGGAGGUUGUACAAUAUCAAUGACUGUAUCGUAUGGAUAUUCUUUUUGGGUAGGAGUCGAUUUAGGAAAUGAAUUUACAAUUGGAAAAGUUGUCAUCUACUUAUCAAACAAUCAAAACCAAAAUCAAUUUUUCGAUAUAAUUUCCAUGAAAUCCUAUCCUCCACACCACAUGUUUACUCCGGGACACGAACACGAGUAUUGCGCUAAAAAUGUACAAAUGUUUUCUUCAACUAAUAAAUUGAUUGUAGUUUGUCAACCUCAUACGCUAUCGGGACGUUACGUUGUUUUACAAUCUGACUCGACCGAUAGAUUUGAAAUUUGUGAAUUGGAAUUAUAUACAUCUAAUCUCGCUCUGUAUGGGGAGACUUUAAGUUCGAGUGUUAAAGAUGGUAAUUCGUACGGUGGUUUUGGUGUUAAUGAAAAUGCUUUCGGUAAUAGUUUUCAAUCUAUACAAGGACUUGAAUCGUGGAUUGCAGUAUAUUUAAGAAGUAACUAUAAAGUAUACGGUCUAGAUUUGAGCGAAGCAAAAUUUUGGGAAUUGGAAGUUUACGUCAUUAAGAGAAAUUUCUUUAUAAAUCAAACCUUAGAGGAAAAUGAGAAAAGUUACUCAAUUGUCACUUCUAGCCAGUAUAUGAAAAAUUAUUUUCAUGUUGCUUGUACGAAUAUUUUGUCAGGAUCGUUCGUUUUAUUAAAAUCACCGAAUGCGUUGUUGUUUAAAAAUCUUGAGAUAUUUGGUUUAUUUACAAGUAAAAAUAAAUUUGAGAAUAUAGCGUAUGGUAAACCAAUAUGGACGCUCGAAGUUCAAGGUAACAAAUAUGCUUAUUUUGCAACGGAUGGCUUUAGUGGACAAUCUUACGCUAUGACCAGCGAAGAUCAAUAUAUGGUUGUUGAUCUAUUAGAAAUCUUUCACAUUCAUCAAAUAGGAAUACAAAUGAGAUCUUCGAACGAAGGUUGUAAAUUUAGAAUCGACAAAAUCAAAAUUUUAAAAGUUAAUAUUGGUAGAUUCAUUUUGAUAAAAAAUUCACAAAUGAAAAUUAUUGAAUUACAAGAAUUGUACGUCUUCGGAAAACUCUUUCAAUCUAAUGUUUUACCUUCAAGUAAACUAGUUGAAGCUUUCUUUGAUGAAGACAUUGAAUGGAAUAUCUAUGAGCAAGAUAAAUCUCCCCUAAAAGCUAUUGAUGGAGAUUUUGGUUUUAGCUCUUGCACAACACUAAAAUCAAUUAGGGAAGAUGAGUUAAUAAUAAAAAUGAAAAAAAAAUACUUGGUAACCCAAAUUCUAAUUCAGCCGAGGCAUGAUAAUAUUAACGAUAUUAUGAAUCUAACAAUUUCAGUUGGAAAAAAAUCACUAAGAUAUUUUUGCGGUAAAUUUUCUUCUACAGAACGUAUUAAUUAUCCAAUUGAAAUUAACUGCGAAUCUCCAAUAUAUGGAAAUUAUAUACUGAUCACACCAACGUAUUCCGAUAAAGAUAUAGAUAUAUGCGAAGUGAAAGUAUUUCACUUAAAAGAUGACAAAGAAUUAAUGAAUUGUUCGUCAAUGUUGAAAAUAUAUCCUAAUUUUGAGUUGUCAAAUUCAUACGAAUGCGCAAUUUACAAAUCGAACCAAUCAAUGCACGAAUGCCUGCACUCAUUCAUAAAUUCCUUAUAUAAAUCAUUUAUAUACAAUUUUCAGAGUAAAACUUGUUGCAUAGUAAAUUUCGUGAUAUCCGUGAAAGAUUUUAUAUAUUUGAAGAGUUCAAUUGUUGGAAAAAAUAUUUGUAUUGUUAAAAAUUCAACUUGUUGAAAACUGCUGAUGAACACAAAUCUUCCUCAAAAAAGUCAAGAGUGAAUUUUUUACUUGUCUCUAUUUAUUCUAGCUGUUUUUAUCUCAAAAUAUAAAUAAAUUAACUCUUCAAAAG